AUGGUCUCCGCUCCCCAGCAGCGCAACUAUGCGCAGCUUUUCGAGCUCAAAAUCGAGGGGCGCGACUUUUCUCGUCUCAUGUGGCUGCCUGGAGACGAGACGGAGGAUGUCGUCAUGGCCAUGAACACCGAGAAAUGGGACAAGUGGUGGAAGAAAAUGACGCAGCGCAAGUACGCGCUAGGGGCCAAGAUCAAAAAGGGUCGGGAGGCGGCCGCGCGCAAGCUCCUCAUCGACUACGAGAGCAAGUUCAUCUCGGCCGAUUCUCGUGAUGGGAGUGUGGCGCCUGCAAUGAGGCAGGAGACGGAGGAGGAGGUGGCGACCCAUCGAGCCAGCGUCGUUGUCCCGGAGGGAGCAACGAAAGACGAGAUCAAGCGGGCACACGCGGACGCCCGCAAGGUCCGCUACCGCGAGGAGGAGGGCCUCGAGGAGCGGAGGAACCGCAAGAAGGAGACGGACAGGACGUUGAAGGCGAGCCAGGCUGCCAUCAACAACCUGGCAGCGCGCAUCAACGACGCGCCCUUUGACGACCUGUUCCCUCGUGUUGCGGCCGGCGCCUCCGCCUCCUCCUCCUCCUCCUCCUCCUCCUCCUCCUCCUCCUCCCGUCGCCUCACUCCCGCCUCCUCGUCAUCGGCCGGCGCCUCCUCCCGUCGCCUCCCUCCCGCCUCCUCCUCCUCCUCCUCGGCCGGUGCAUCGUCCGGUGGUCCCUCGACCCUCCCCGCCGCCAACAACAAUCUCCUCCCUCCCCCGUCCAAGCGGUUCAAUACGGACAAUCUCUCUUUUCGGGAGAAGAGGGAGAGGGCAUGGGCGGCCACCAUCGACCACUCGGACUUCUGGCCGAGGGGUACGACCGCAGAGGAGAUCGACAAGCUGGGCUGGAAGAGCGAAGGCCCUCGCCCGCCUCUGUUCGCGGCGGGCAAGGCGUGGAACGCGAGGCGUAUGGAGGAGUCGGCGCAGCAGGCGGCCCAGGGUGGAAGGAUGCAGAUCAAAAAGGAGGAUCUGGAGGACGGUGGGGACCUUUUGCGUCUACGUGACGGCGACAAACUCAGCGCUAACAGCCUCAAGCUUAUGAUUUGGCAUCAAAGGAUAAGCAACUGGGGAAGCGUGAAACUGGGCCAGCGAGGCCGGCUCGUUACCAUUUGA